AAUAAUAAUAAUAAUAAUAAUAAUAAUAAUAAUAAUAAUAAUAAUAUAUAUAUAUAUAUAUAUAUAUAUAUAUAUAUAUAUAUAUAUAUAUAUAUAUAUAUAUAUAUAUAUAUAUAUUAUUAUUAUAUUAUAUUAUUAUUUUUUUUUUGUAAAUACCUGUAUCAAUCUGUAUCAAUCGAAACAAAUCGAAACACUGUAUCAAUCGAAACAAACCAUCGAUCACUUCAAAGGAUAAUUAUUUUGAGAGAAUUUAUUGAUGUCAACAAUAAUAUUCAAAUGAAUGAAAUAUCAUUUUGUAUUUUAAACGAUGAAAUUCAAAAAAUAUCUUUCAUGAAAAUGUUAGGA